AUGUCUCAAACAGGUGUCGCUUACAGCGGAGAUGCCUCUGGUUCGACUGCAGUCGACGGUUUUGUCGAUGGAACCCGUACGAGUACUAGCAUACACCCCAGGAGCAGCAAUAGCACGCCACCGCGCAAGAAUUCAAGGGGUACGAUGGCUGGGAUCAGUGUUGGUUGUACGUUUGGCAUGAUCCUUCUGUUCGCUAGCCUGUUCAUAUAUCUCAGGCGUCGAUACAAAAGGAAUAAACGAGCAAGGCCAUCAUGUGCCUUGCCGGAGACGGAGGCAACUGCAGGAAGUUCGAGUCACGAUGCUCCCUUGGAUGAAUUAGCGCAUACAGAUUCACCAAGUCAACGAUCAGGCUCGGAUCCCAAGGCCCAAGAUCUUGACUCUGUUGUUGUUCACAAGGGCAAGGAAGACGUGUGA